AUGUGCGUGAUAUUUUGGACGGUCAAUGACCCUCAGUACGAGCUCGUGAUCGCGUCCAACAGGGACGAGUUUCUCUCGCGACCAACGCGUGCUGCCGAAUGGCACAGCUUUGACUCGCGCUCCGCUUCGCCCCGCGUCUUAUCCGCCAGAGAUUCCACGGGAGGAGGAACGUGGUUGGGCGUCAGUGAAAAUGGCGCUUUUGCGGCCUUGACCAACUUCACAGAGUCCGCGCCUCGCAUACCGGUGGGAAUGGAUGGCUUCGAAUCAAGAGGUGGCUUGGUACGCGAUUGGCUCACAUUGCAAGCAGCCAUGUGUGGCGGUAAGCGUAGCUUGCAAGAGGUGAGCACGCAAGUGCAAGAGUAUUUGAACAGCGUUGGUGCAAAGGGCGAUAGGUAUCCCGGCUUCAACUUGCUCGUCGGUGCGCUCUCACUGCAAGGUAUGGUCGUCGGCUAUGUCACCAACCGAACACUUCAAGGACAAGUGGUUCGAGACGCUACCGUCGACAUGUUUCUCCCUCUCCCACACGGAGCCACAGAAGCCUCUUCAGCCACGAGCCCACCCGUCGGAAUGUCGAAUAGCAUCCUUGCUCAACCUUGGCGUAAAGUCACCUCUGGUUCCCACUCGUUCUGCCAAAUUGUCUCCUCCCACCACACACAAUCCACCACACUGGAAGACAUGACCGAACAGCUCUUCGACCUGCUCUGGACAUCGUCCAAUCCGCCACCUUCCCAACGAUCCGAACUGCAAAACUCCGUGCUCAUCUCUCCACUCGAGUUGCCCGCUUCGGCUAGCACUGAGAGAGAUUGGUACGCUACACGAACGAGCACUGUGAUCACCAUAGCCAAAGACGGCUCGGCGAGGCUGGUCGAGAGAGACACGUUUCAACUCAGGGAUGCGCAACCAGUACUCGUCAACGGCCCGGAAGCAACAGCAGCUCUCGCAGGCAGAGACGGUGGUCAACGCAUGUUUGCUUGGCACAUCCAGUAG